CUCGAGGAACCUUGUCCUCAGAGUUAGGAACCUUGUCCUCUAGUGACAAAGUUUCUCGCUCUAAGGACAAGGUUCCUCACUCUGAGAACAAGGUUCCUCACACUGAAGACAAGCUUCCUCACUCUGAGGACAAGGUUCCUCACUCUGAUUACAAGGUUUCUCACUCUGAGGACAAGGUUCGUCACUCCGAGGAGAAGGUUCCUCAUUCUGAGGACAAGGUUCCUCAAUGUGAGGGCCAGGUUCCUCACACCGACGAAAAGGUUGCUCACUCCGAGAACAAUUUUCGUUACUCUGAGGACAAGGCUCCUCACUCUGAGGACAAGGUUCCUUUCUCUGAAGGCAAGGUUCCUCACUCUGAGGACAAGGUUCGUCACUCUAGUGACAAGGUUUCUCACUCUGAGGACAAGGUUCCUCACUCUGAGGACAAGGUUCCUCACUCGGAGGACAAGGUUCCUCACUCUGAUUACAAGGUUUCUCACUCUGAGGACAAGGUUCGUCACUCCGAGGACAAGGUUCUUCACUCUGAGGACAGGGUUCCUUACACUGACGAAAAGGUUCCUCACUCUGAGAACAAGUUUCGUUACUCUGAGGACAAGGUUCCUCACUCUGAGGACAAGGUUCCUCUCUCUGAGGGCAAGGUUCCUCACUCUGAGGACAAGGUUCCUCACUCUAGUGACAAGGUUUCUCAUUCUGAGGACAAGGUUCCUCACUCUGAGGACAAGGUUCCUCACUCUGAGGACAAAGUUCCUCACUCUGAGGAAAAGGUUCCUCACUCUGAUUACAAGGCUUCUCACUCUGAGGACAAGGUUCGUCACUCCGAGGAUAAGGUUUCUCAUUCUGAGGACAAGGUUCCUCACUCUGAGGACAAGGUUCCUCACUCUGAGGACAAAGUUCCUCACUCUGAGGACAAGGUUGCACGCUCUGAAGGCAGGUUCCUCACUCUGAGGACAAGGUUCCUCACUCUGAGGACAAAGUUCCUCACUCUGAGGACAAGGUUGCACGCUCUGAAGGCAGGUUCCUCACUCUAA